AUGUAUUAUGCUGAACGAUUUCAAUAUAAUCCACAAAAUGAUUUUGUAUCUAUACCAGUUGGUUUAUGGUGGGCUAUUGUAACAAUGACAACAGUUGGUUAUGGAGAUCAAGUACCAAAAACAUAUUUAGGUAUGAUAGUUGGUGCAAUGUGUGCAAUUACUGGUGUUAUGACUAUCUCUCUUCCAGUUCCUGUUAUUGUAUCAAAUUUUUCACGUUUUUAUACGCAUACACAAGCUCAAUCUAAACUUCCAAAACGUAGAAGACGUAUUUUACCAGUUGAAGCAGUUCGACCAAAAACUUGUAGUCAAGUUCCACCACUUAAUUCUUCAGUAAAAUUAAAGAAUAAUUUUGGUGUUAUACCACCUGGAUUAGCACGUAAUUUCAAUUCAUCAAAUGAUUCUCCUAUACGAUUAUCAUCAACUGGUGAAAGAAGACAUCAUUUUCCAGAUACAACUUGUAAAAUAACAGAUAAUUCAUCUAAUGAACAAACCAUUCUUAAACCAUUAAUACCAAGACGUGGAGAAAUUCCAUUAUUACCUAGAGACAAUUUAUCACAAUAUCAAGCAUCUAUGAAUUGGCCAAAAUCAUCUAUUAUUAAAGAAACAUCAACUGGAUUUAUUUCACAAACAUCAUUAGAAACAAAUUGUUUAUUAAUAAAUAAUGAAGAAAAAGAUCAAGUCGCAAUAAAACAAUCUAAUAAACAUCAAUUAUUUGAUAAUAUAAUUCGUAAUACAAAUAUAGUCAAUCGUAUAGAAGAUGAAAAUAGUUAUAAUAAUACUGGAGAUAUUAAAAAUCAAUAUUUACCAAUAUCUAAUGUUUGUCCCAAUACUUUGAUCGAUAAAAAUUAUAAACUAUCAAAGAAUACUACUAAUAAUAAUAUAAGUAGUAAAACGAAUAAUGAUGAAAUUUCUUAUUCAGAAAAUAUUAAAUUAUCAUAUAUAAAUUAUAAAACACCAUGUUUUUCAUUUGAUGAACAUAAUAAUAUAGAAGGAGAGAAUUAUUUACCAUCCGAUAAUAGUUUAAAUCAAUUAGAAGAAUUAUUAACAUUACGUAAUAAUAAUAAUCAAUAUGAAAUUACACCACCACGUUUAUCAUGUGUAUCUGGGGAUAAAUUAGAAUGAAAUUUAUUACGGGUUCAAAUGCACCAAUAUAAUUUCUAUUGUAGGAUAUGGAUGUACGUUUGUAUAUAUAUGGAUUGGUAUAAUUAUACUACUUAUUAAUGAAAAGCCAUAGAAUUGUGUUCAGUCAAAUAUUCUGAUUCAUUUUUGUUGAAUAUUCAAGUGUAUUUAGUAACCAAGCAACAAUAGGUAAUUCAUCAUUAUUAUUAUUAUUAUUAUU